AAAAUUAUAUUUUGGGGGGCUCGCAAUCCCACGGACAACUCAAAGGAGCAUACCUUGAUUAGUCGUAUCUGUCCUGCCUGUCCGCUGAUAUGAGGCUCCCGCUUGAGCGCGGGGCGGCUUUGCUUGUCCUACCCACGGCUUUUGCGCUCGACCAACCUGCAAAUUUUGGACGGAGAGAGGAACAGAGAGUCCUAUCUGCAGGAAAUGGAGUAAGUGGCGGUGGUAAAGGGAGAAAUUACCCGUUGGGUGAUAAGUUUAAGGAAUUCGCGGAAGCAUCGCUCGAGCGCUGGCGUGUACCAGGCGUGGCGGUGGGCGUUGUUGAUGGGGUAGAUAUUUGGACUGAGGGCUACGGCAUCGGCACCUUCCCCUCAAAGCCCGUAACACCAUCAACACUCUUUUACACCGGAAGCACAACCAAAGCCUUCACAGCCGCCACCGUAUCCCUCCUAAUCGCCUCCGGAAACUUCACCCCCGAAGGAUCCCCACUCUCCUGGCAAACCCCCAUCUCACACCUAAUCCGAGACGACUUCGUCCUCCCCCCAGGCAACGAAUGGGCACAGACCCAUCUCACACUCGAAGACGCACUAUCCCACCGCACCGGUUUCCCGCGGCACGAUAAAGCACUAGGCCAAUACUACGGACCCGAUCACCAUCGGGGUACCGUGCGCGAUGUAGUACGCAGUUUUAGAUACUUGCCACCUGUUACGGAACCUAGGACUCGGUGGCGGUAUUGCAAUCUCAUGUACAUGGUCGUGUCGCACGUUGUGCAGACGUUGACCGGGCAGUGGUUGGGGGAUACGAUGCGUGAGCGUAUUUGGGAGCCGUUGGGGAUGGUGGGGACGUAUUUUAGUGUGGAGGAAGCGUUGGAUAAUGGGGAGGAUGUUGCUGCGGGGUAUUAUUGGGAUUAUUCGAAUUUUGAGAAUGGGAGUGUGGAAGGGAAGGGGAAGGGGUUUGUUGAGGUUCCGAAAGAAAGCUUGUAUCUCGCUAGUGGUGCUGGUGGGAUUGUUAGUAAUGUACAGGAUUACACGCGUUGGAUACAGUGUUUGAUACGGGGAGAUCGGACCAGUCGUAAUGAGAGCGUGGAGAAUGGAUGUGAGGUUUUACCGAAGGAGGCGCAUUUGGAGUUGAAGUUACCGCGUAUUGUUAUGGCGCAUGAGAAUCAGUUGAUGUAUGACUCUUCGCUGGCUUAUGCGUUGGGUUGGGAGGUUGGUACGUAUAAGGGGCAUCGAAUCUUCACGCAUAGUGGAGGUAUGGAGGCGUAUGGUGCUGAGGUGUACUUUCUCCCGGAUCUGGAGUAUGGUGUCGUGACGCUUGGGAAUACGGCGCAGACGAGUAAUUUUGUAGGAUGGGAUAUCUCGUGGAAGCUUAUUGAUAAUAAGCUGGAUAUUCCGGAGGAAGAGAGGUUCGAAUAUACUGAGCAGGUCAAUGAAAUCUUAAAGAGCCAGCUCAAGUUACCCGAGACAGCGGUAGAUGACUUAUACCCGGAUCGAGCAGAUCCCCCGCUUCCUCGAGCACUCCCACUCGAGGACUACGUCGGUGUUUAUUAUCACCCGGCCUACCAGAACGUCACACUCGAGCUGAUUGGUAAGGAUGAAGUCUCUGGGAGUUGGCCAAGGAUAGGAGGAAAGAAGAGUGAACUCAAGGCCAUUCGCGAUAACAUGGAGUGGCAGAUGACAUUUGAAUUCGGACAUGUGUCGGGCGAAUACUGGGUGGUUAUCGUGGAUUCUUUGUAUGUGGCCAAUGGGCUUGCUAGGCAACUAGCUCGUGCUGAGUUUGAGGUUGGGGCAAAGGGUAAGGUCGAGAAGUUGAAGAUGGAGUUCUUUGAAAAUGGGAGUGAAGGUGCAAUUGUGUUCGAUAAAAUAGCAUGAUACGAUAGAGAUUCGGUUCAUAUUUAGCACAUAGAAAGGAAAUUAAAGUACACCGCACUUAAAAGUAGAACGAUAUCCAAUAUUAAUAUAUCUAAAGCUACACUAUCAUUCAAUUCCUCAGUAACAGGCUCAAGAUCUACGCCACAUAUACGCGAUGACAUCAGAGGCCUUCGCAACGCA